AUGGUGUCUGCCGUGCUGCCCCCGCCGGUGCGCGCUGACAUCUGCAUUGUGCCGCGCUCGACGGGGAUGGCAGACCUGGAGCGCAGGUUGCAACUUGCAGUGGUGGCAUACGUGGGUGGUGCCAGGCCACCGGUUUCCUGCGUCGACGCGGCGAUUGCCAUCUCCGAGCAACUUGAGAUCCCGCUGCACCGCUUCUCUGUGCCCAAGUUCCACCCUGAAGAUUUCUUGGUGGUCUUCGCGUCCCACGAUCUCCGCAACAAAGCUCUGGAAGUCCCAUUCAUCGAGCAUCCAAGGUUCAAGCUUUUCACCAAGCCAUGGUUGAGGCAGGCCCAAGCGCAGUCCAAGUUGAUGCGUGUUCAAGUUGAUCUCAUGAUUGAAGGAGUGCCGUCGCACGCCUGGUCCAGGGAGACGGCGUCGGAGCUGUUGGGCUCGUCCUGCCUAAUUGAGAGCCUGGCGCCUGAGACACUGCUGGAAUAUCCCACGCUCAUCCAUAUCGGGCGACUCUGUGAUCACUCGCCGCCGGAGUUUUGGCGCAGAUCCCCGAGCUCGGAUGGAGGCGGCAGCCAGAGCGGUCUGCCGGAGAGCUUCAAUGGCUUCUUCAUGGGCGAGUGGACGGUGCUGCCUUGGUCGAGAGGAGUCCGCGAUGACCGCGGCACUAGCCGGCGCUCGCCGGGCCACGCCGGGGGUGGAGGGUAG